AUGCCGAGUUUCUUCUCGCGCCUGAAGGGCAAAGAUGGACCCGCGAAGGCACUGAAGUCGAAAGGCGCACAGCAGAGUACCGCCAAUGACCCACCCCCGAAGCCGCGAUGGGAUGAUGCGUGGACGCGAACGUCGGUUGAACCAGAGGAGGUACAGGAGCUUCUGAGAGGCUGCACCCUGGAGCUGAAGUCAAGAGCUUUGGACAUGCCAUUCCUUCUUCUCCCCUUUCGACCAACCUCGGAUCCCAGCGCGGCGCGUUCUUUCAUUCGGCAUUUUUUCGAUUCGGACCAGAGAUUACAGGGAGAGGCUUUGGCGCAAGAGCUACGACUGACGGAGCCCAUGGUUCUGUGCAGCGUGGUCAAGUGGUGCUGGAGCAGAUUACCUGGAGGAGUAGUAUCAUGGGAUGCAUAUGAGCUGUUUAAAGUGGGAGAGAUAGAUUCGAACAUGGCCAAGGAUUCCUUUGCGACCUUUAUACCCCUGAGUGUUGAUUCCGAUGCGCGCACAAAGAUCAUCUUCGAUUUCUUCGAUCUCCUCUCUGCAAUUGCUGCGCACGGCAAGAGCAACGGCUUAGGUGGGCGCAAAUUGUCAAGAUUAGCGGGCUGGUGGGCCUUUGAGCAUAAGGAGGAAGAGUUUACUCAAGAAAAGGGGUUUGAUGUAGGCUACAAGGCUUGGGUGACCGCUGCAGAUGCUGCAAGUCAUCUGUUCUUUGCCUACCUUCGAUCGCUAUCUCCAGGAUCUUCCAAGGGGAUAAAUGGCAUAUCCACUCUUCCCAUGUCUCUUCAAAAGCUAGUUCAAGAGACCGAAUACCCACCGGAGAGACCCUCGCUUCUACAAUCAUCAACAACAAAAGUCGUCAUGAUUGUGGAUUCCGUAUCCCCAACACCUUUUGCGCUGCUGCGCCGAGCAAACCAUUUCCAAUACCGGGACGACGAUCGAGCUCUUCAAGAAUUUUCAGAAUAUGAGGAUCCAGUCAAGGCUUUGACAGACGAGUGCCGUCGGGUCCUGAAUUCUAUUUCUUCAGCAAAUCAGUCGCAAGUAUCGAGCGCGAAAGAUCCAACUGGGUUGCCUGAAGCUUGGUCGAGAUUCGAGGAUAUAGGCUUCUCAGGUACGUUCGACGAGAAGGAAGAAGAGGAUGAUGAUGGCAACAUUGUGAAACGACGACCCCAAGGUUUGAAAAGCGCGCCGCAAUCCAGAAGUGUCGGGUCGGGUAGGCCCACUACCCCUUCCUGGGCCGAUUUCCUUUCUUCUGGCUUCGCGGAUGAUGAGGGAUUAAGUGGCCCUGCGCCUUUGUUGCUCCCGCCUGACAAGAUUCUCCCUCCAAUUGAUAUUAAUAACCGGGGAAGAAGCUCCCAAUCGCAUCGGCCAAGGCUCGAGUCCGAGAAAAAUCUAGAACCUGGCGAGUUGGCGAGCAUUACCAGACUCGAUCUUGACGAUUCCUUUUGGUGGGUCUGGAUUAGCAGUCUGGCUGGUGAGGAACCUGCGCAGAGAAAGGCAGCCUUUGGUCGAUGCGCACUGAUUGAGACAAUCAUUCCUCAGGGAAGAUGGUUGGUAAUGGAAGAAAUGGUCAAGGGAGCUGCCCCUAAACCAGACCCUAAUGCAUAUAUUGCCGAGAAGAAGAGCUUCUGGGGUCGAUCAAGGAAAAACAAAGGUAUAACGCGGAGCAAGUCUACGGGGAAGCAGGCCUUGCUGGACCCAAGUCAGAAUGGACGUUUCAACCAACAACAACAGGGCCAAAGUGCAGCAAGCAAGACAAGCAUUGGGCCUGACCAGCACGCUCGAAUCCAGGCUGCCGCGAUUCAGUUACAAAAGAGGGAACGAGAGCUAGCAGAAAAGACACAGGAGAAUGCGCGACGAGGUCGGAACAAUUCCGACACUGCUACGCAAAACACUAGCAGUGUCUUUACCCUGCAGCCAGUUAUCAUGAGCGAAGCUUCACCUGCUAUGAAGUGGGCUAGCAAGUACGACAAGGAUACUAUUAGAGAGGCCUAUCUUUCUAAUUCAAGUACCGGACGAGGUGCUAGCGGCGCAACGACUCAGACAAAUGGGGCUGCAAAAAGUCAGGAUACUUCGAAGCCAGCCCAAAACCAGCAGCAAACCAAACCUCAAGAGCGAGAUCUCCCUGCUAUCCCAUCUCCUCCAGCAGCUCCUGCAGUUCCGUCGAAGACACCUACCACCCCGCCAACAAAACUCCCGCCGACGCCUACUGCGGACCAGGAUGAAGAGCACAUCAUCUUAUCCGAAAAGGCUACUGAGGUUGAAUUCCCACAAGAUCCUCAUCCGAUCGAUCGCAAAGCUGUUCCGACUUCAUCCUCUCCUGUUCCACCUGUAGAGGCGCGGUCUGAGACCCCAAGACUUUCCGUAGACCAGAGUGGAUCAAGUCCAGAGAGCAAAAAGCACAAUAGGUUGAAGAAGAGGGACCCCGCCAGUGGCGGAUUCCGCAAGAUGUUCGGCCGGAACAAGAACCGCGAAUAUCAGCCCUCCGAAAAUGCCCCAGAAACCCUAAACGGUAGCCAAGGUCUUCAACCUGGGGGUGCUUCUAUCGGCAGACGCUUCUCUAGUUUUAGAAAGAGGAGCCCGGUCUCCUCACAGACUGAUGCAAGCCCCAAUCUUGCACCCUCCCCGGCCCCAAUUUCUGAGGAUGACAUUACUCCCGUCCCAACGUCCCAUCAAAACUACAAUCCCUCUUAUGAACCUUCGCUCCACAGUAUGUCUCGUGUUGAUACGAACGAUGCCGAUGAGGCUCACCACGAAUUCUCCAAAUUCGACCAAGGGCCUCUGGAAGAUGUCCCUGCUUUCGUACCUGACUCACCAAAACUGAGCGAGGAAAGCGUUACUCCCGUCCCGCCACCUGUCACUAAAAAAGCAUUAAACAUAGAUGACGAAUCAACUAAAGACUUACCUCCUGCCUUGGCUCGCUGGGCGCAGAUCAAGAAGAAUGCUGCAGAGCGUGCGGCGAGACAGAGUGACGAGCAGAGUGGGGGAACCUACAGUCAAAAGACAGAUGGGGAUGAUGGAGACACUAGCGGGGAAGAAACCAUUGAAUCCCGCGUGGCAAGGAUUAAGGCCCGUGUCGCUGAGCUGACCGGGAAUAUGGAGUCAAGCGAUACUCCAAUAACCCGACGUCCAUAA